AUGGUCCGGGCUGGAUCGAAUGUGACCGAAGCAGAGCAAAGCAGGAGGGAUAGGAAAUUAGGAAUAGCAGUGUGUGCGCAAGAAGUGGAAACGGAGAAGAUCAUUGAUUCCUGGCCGGCGAUGGGAGACGGGGAACAGGGAUUGCGGGAGGAGGAGCGAACCAAAGCAGUAAGGGAUCUGGCUCACUUUAGGGCUCCUUCGCUUGACCCGGUUGCUGAGGGAAGCUUCAGUGCAUGUUUCACAAACCAUGACUUUAUUGAUGCCUCCUCCAAUGAUCCUGGCAGGUGA